UCGUUUGUAGUGGCUUGGUACUUCUCGAGCAAUUCGUCUCGCAGUGUUUCGCAGCAGACGUGUAUACGUCGGAUUGUGUCGGACUCAAUCGGGCCAUGUGACCACGACUAUCGUGAGCUCGAUGAAAAAUUGAUAGCUCGACAUGUCACGACUGUGCAUUUUGAAAUUACGUCCCAUGAUAAAAAAUACCGGCACGGUGGAGACGUUUUUCCGUCGAGUACGUGUCAAAAACGGUGAUCGCUUUAACGAAGUUAUGUGCUGGAACUGUCAGAGAGGUUAUGCCCAGUAUUCCUUGUUGCUGGCACCUCGACUCUAUCCAUUGACUAAAUUAUUGGACAGAAUUUUCUUCAAUUUCCCUUUGAUAACUACGAGAGAAAGAUACGACGAAUACGGUAAGAAAUCUGGCAGGAGGCGUUAUAAGCAUCUCGGAAUGCUCCUGGGUAGUCUUGGGCUUAUAGUGGCUUUUUGUGAUGCUUCACAUUUUAAAGAGAAAAGAUUUUUUCGUGCUGUCCAGUAUGGCAAUAUUACAGAAUUAAAAAAGUCUAUAGCAGAUGGCAUUGAUGUAAAUACCAGGCAUCCACUAGGCUGGACAGCAUUGCAGACUGCUGCUAUUAAUCAAAAAGAAGAUAUCAUAAAAAUUCUAUUGAAUAAUGGUGCCGAUGUAAAUGCAGGAGAUAACUUUGUUAAUGUAUAUAGAACUGCCAUGGAAAAGGGCUUACAUUCAUUGGAUGUUCUUACAAAGAGAGAAGAGGAAUUUUCUGACCGACUAAAUAAUCGAGCUACUUUCCAAGGUUUUACGGCAUUACACUAUGCUGUGUUAGCUGAUUCAAAAGGUUGUGUGAAAGCAUUGUUAGAUGGAGGAGCAAAUCCAACUAUAGAAAAUGAAGCUGGACAUCGGGCGGUUGCAUACGCUAAAGAAGGGGAAAUUAAAGAAAUGCUCAUCAAACAUGCCAUUAAAUAUGAUGAAAUAGUAAAAGAAAAGGAAGCAGAGGAACGUCGCAGAUUUCCAUUAGAGCAACGUUUGAAACAACAUAUUGUAGGACAAGAGGGACCAAUUUCCAUUGUUGCUUCUACUAUCAGAAGGAAGGAAAAUGGUUGGAUAGAUGAGGAGCAUCCCCUAGUAUUUCUGUUCUUGGGUUCGUCAGGCAUUGGCAAAACCGAAUUAGCCAAACAAUUAGCCGCUUAUAUUCACAGGAAUAAGUCAGAUAGUUUUAUUCGGUUGGAUAUGUCUGAAUAUCAGGGAAAACAUGAAGUUGCAAAAUUAAUUGGAGCACCACCAGGAUAUGUGGGACAUGAUGAUGGUGGACAACUGACGAAACUUUUAAAAAAAUGUCCUUCUGCUGUUGUGUUAUUUGAUGAAGUUGACAAAGCGCAUCCCGAUGUUCUAACCGUUUUGCUACAGCUUUUUGAUGAAGGAAGACUAACUGACGGUAAAGGCAAAACAAUUGAAUGUAAAAAUGCCAUCUUUAUAAUGACGUCAAAUUUAGGAAGCGAAGAAAUUGCAGAAUAUGCAAUGCAACUCAGAGCAGAAGCUGAAAGACUAUUAAACCAUAGGUUGGUCAAUACUACUGAUGAAGAUCAAGAGCCAGAACGCAUUGAGAUAUCUCGUAAUUUUAAGGAUCAAGUGGUACGUCCAAUACUGAAAGCUCAUUUUCGGAGAGACGAGUUUUUGGGAAGAAUAAAUGAAAUUGUAUACUUUUUGCCGUUUUCUCGGGCUGAAUUAAUAGAAUUAGUUGCCAGAGAAUUAAAGGCAUGGGCUAUACGUGCAAAAGAAAGACACAUGAUUGAAAUAAAAUGGGAUAGGGAAGUUCUAUCAGUAUUAGCAGAUGGAUAUGAUGUUCAUUAUGGCGCUCGUUCCAUCAAAUACGAAGUGGAAAGACGUGUCGUUAAUCAAUUAGCAGCGGCUCAUGAACGUGGGGAACUUGGUAAAGGAUGCUGUGUAUUGUUAAAAGCCAAGUGGCACGAAAGUGGAGCAAGCAUAACUCUUUCUGUUCAACAAAAGGGCUCGAAAAAAUUCGUCGAUAUCGUCGAAACAGACAAGUUAACGAAAAAUGUUAAUUCAAAAUUCUUGUAAUUAUAAAAUGCUAGUUUUGCUUUAAUAACUUGUAUCAAACUCGUUGUCACUUAAGAAAGAAGAUCUGGGAAAAGUUUUAUGUUAUUUGUUACGAUAGUGUUUAAAUGCCUAAAUCAUAAUAAAAAAUCUAGAUUAUAUAUAGGUAUGUGUUGUGUUAUGAAUGUCGCAAAAAUUUAUUUUAUUAAGUGUAAUAUAGAUAUUUUGUGAUAUCUUAUUCUGCCACAAUUAUAUAGAAAUUAUUUUUUUACUCACACUCUUAAUGUGUAUGCGUAUCUCAUUACGCACACGAUAAAGAUUGAAAAUAUAUAAGUAAUAGGCA